AUGGUUCAAAUCGAAAAGAUCUCCCCCGGUGAUGGCAAGACCUUCCCCAAGCCCGGUGACACCGUCACCAUGCACUACACGGGAACCCUCGCCAAGGAUGGUUCGGAAUUCGAUUCUUCGCGCAAGCCUGGUCGUGGUGCCUUUGAGACCCAGAUCGGCGUAGGCCGCGUCAUCCAGGGUUGGGACCAGGGUGUCCCCCAGCUCAGCUUGGGUGAGAGAGCCAAGCUCAUCAUCCCCAGCGCAGAGGGCUACGGAAGCAGAGGCGCCGGAGGUGUCAUCCCUCCCAACGCCGAUCUGAUCUUCGACGUCGAACUGCUCAAGAUCAACGGAAAGAGUGGUAAGUUCGAUGGAAGUCGGCAGUGGUUGUAG